CCGCCGAGCGGAGCCGCGGGCAGGCCGGGCCGCACCGGAGCCCCGCGUCAGCCCGCGCCCCGCCCGAGACGUGCGCCAGCGCCCGGCGCCCCGCGAUGCGCUCCAAGUUGCGGGCCGGGGACCCUGGGCAGGCGCCCUAGGAGGCGGCGGCGGGAGGAUCGCGCCCCGGUUGGAGGCCGGGCCUGCUGCGCGCCCCCAGCACGUUCGGCACCGCCACUUGCCUGAGCGCCCGGGCGGCCCGAGCGCGUCCCGAGCCCGGGCGCCGCCGCCGCCACCUCAGCGAGGACUCCCGGGCUCUUUGAGGACUCGGCGUUGCUGGAGGCCGUUUCUGGUGCCUGUGACAGGGCGGCCCACAAGCAGAUGACAAGGACUGGCUUUUAACCUUGGUGGCCACUAAGAGGAAGAUUAUUGGGGCCCAAGAGCCCCUGGACGCUCACCGCCAUGUCGGGAUCCACGCAGCCUGUGGCGCAGACGUGGAGGGCCACUGAGCCCCGCUACCCGCCCCACGGCAUUUCCUACCCUGUGCAGAUCGCCCGGCCCCACACAGAUGUCGGGCUGCUCGAAUACCAGCACCACCCCCGUGACUACACCCCACACCUGUCACCUGGCUCCAUCAUCCAGCCCCAGAGGAGGAGGCCCUCCCUGCUGUCCGAAUUCCAGCCUGGGAAUGAAAGGUCCCAGGAGCUUCACCUGCGACCUGAGUCCCACUCAUACCUGCCCGAGCUGGGCAAGUCAGAGAUAGAGUUCAUUGAGAGCAAGCGCCCUCGCCUGGAGCUGCUGCCCGACCCCCUGCUGCGGCCCUCACCCCUGCUGGCGGCGGGCCAGCCCGGGGGCUCUGAGGACCUGUCCAAGGAUCGCAGCCUGGCAGGCAAGCUGGAGCCCGUGUCUCCUCCCAGCCCGCCGCACGCCGACCCUGAGCUAGAGCUGGUACCUCCGCGGCUCUCCAAGGAGGAGCUGAUCCAGAACAUGGACCGGGUGGACCGUGAGAUCACCAUGGUGGAGCAGCAGAUCUCCAAGCUGAAGAAGAAGCAGCAACAGCUGGAGGAGGAGGCCGCCAAGCCCCCAGAGCCCGAGAAGCCCGUGUCGCCGCCGCCCAUCGAGUCAAAGCAUCGCAGCCUGGUGCAAAUCAUCUACGACGAGAACCGGAAGAAGGCCGAAGCUGCACAUCGGAUUCUGGAAGGCUUGGGGCCUCAGGUGGAGCUGCCAUUGUACAACCAGCCCUCCGACACCAGGCAGUAUCAUGAGAACAUCAAAAUAAACCAGGCGAUGCGGAAGAAGUUAAUCUUGUACUUCAAGAGGAGGAACCACGCUCGGAAACAAUGGGAACAGAAGUUCUGCCAACGCUAUGACCAGCUCAUGGAGGCCUGGGAGAAGAAGGUGGAACGCAUCGAGAACAACCCCCGGCGGCGGGCCAAGGAGAGCAAGGUGCGCGAGUACUACGAGAAGCAAUUUCCUGAGAUCCGCAAGCAGCGCGAGCUGCAGGAGCGCAUGCAGAGCAGGGUGGGCCAGCGGGGCAGUGGGCUUUCCAUGUCGGCCGCCCGCAGCGAGCACGAGGUGUCCGAGAUCAUCGAUGGCCUCUCAGAGCAGGAGAACCUGGAGAAGCAGAUGCGCCAGCUGGCUGUGAUCCCGCCGAUGCUGUACGACGCUGACCAGCAGCGCAUCAAGUUCAUCAACAUGAACGGGCUCAUGGACGACCCCAUGAAGGUGUACAAAGACCGCCAGGUCAUGAACAUGUGGAGUGAGCAGGAGAAGGAGACCUUCCGGGAGAAGUUCAUGCAGCACCCCAAGAACUUCGGCCUGAUCGCAUCAUUCUUGGAGAGGAAGACUGUGGCUGAGUGUGUCCUCUAUUACUACCUGACCAAGAAGAAUGAGAACUAUAAGAGCCUGGUGAGGAGGAGCUACCGGCGCCGCGGCAAGAGCCAGCAGCAGCAGCAGCAGCAGCAGCAGCAGCAGCAGCAGCAGCAGCAGAUGCCCCGGAGCAACCAGGAGGAGAAGGAGGAGAAGGAGAAGGAGAAGGAGUCCGAGAAGGAGGAGGAGAAGCCCGACGUGGAGAACGACAAGGAGGAGCUGAGCAAGGAGAAGACAGACGACACCUCUGGGGAGGACAACGAUGAGAAGGAGGCAGUGGCCUCCAAAGGCCGCAAAACUGCCAACAGCCAGGGAAGACGCAAAGGCCGCAUCACCCGCUCGAUGGCCAAUGAGGCCAAUAGCGAGGAGGCCGUCACCCCGCAGCAGAGCGCUGAGCUGGCUUCGAUGGAGAUGAACGAGAGUUCUCGCUGGACCGAAGAAGAGAUGGAGACAGCCAAGAAAGGUCUUCUGGAACACGGCCGGAACUGGUCGGCCAUCGCUCGGAUGGUGGGCUCCAAGACCGUGUCUCAGUGUAAGAACUUCUACUUCAACUACAAGAAGAGGCAGAACCUGGAUGAAAUCCUGCAGCAGCACAAGCUGAAGAUGGAGAAGGAGAGGAAUGCACGGAGGAAGAAGAAGAAAGCCCCAGCUGCCGCCAGUGAGGAGGCUGCCUUCCCGCCUGUGGUGGAGGACGAGGAGAUGGAGGCAUCAGGCGCAAGCGGGAAUGAGGAGGAGAUGGCAGAGGAGGCAGAAGCCUUACACACCCCUGGGAGCGAGGUGCCCAGAGGGGAAUGCAGUGGCCCAGCCACGGUCAACAACAGUUCUGACACUGAGAGCAUCCCCUCGCCCCGCACCGAGGCUGCCAAGGACACGGGGCAGAACGGGCCCAAGCCCCCACCCGGCCCCAGCACCGACGUGCCACCCCCUGAGCCACCCACCCCACCGCCAGAGGACGCUCUGGCCCCCACCGAGCCCACCCCAGCCCCCGAAGCCACCGGCCCGCCCACACCUCCGCCAGCACCCGCGUCGCCCACCGCACCCCCUCCUGUGGUCCCCAAGGAGGAGAAGGAGGAGGAGGAGGAUGUGGCGGCCCCCCUGGCGGCGGCAGAGGACGAGCAGAAGCCCCCUGUGGCCCAAGAGCUGGCUGUGGACGUGGGCAAGCCGGAAGAGCCUGGUGAGGCGCCCCCCGCGGAGCCCAUCAAGAGCGAAUGCAAACAGGAGGCCGUGGAGGAGGGACCUGGCAAGGGCAAGGGGGGCUCUGAGGCCGGCGCCGAGUCCGUGCCCGAGGGGGCCCUCAAGGUGGAGAAGAAAGAGGGCGGUGCCCCUGGGGGCAAAGCUCCCACGGCCAAGGGCGCGGGAGCCCCCCAGGACAGCGACUCCAGUGCCACCUGCAGUGCAGACGAAGUGGACGAGCCCGAGGGGGGCGACAAGAACAGGCUGCUGUCACCACGGCCCAGCCUCCUCACCCCGACCAGUGACACCAGGGCCAAUGCCUCACCCCCGAAGCCGCUGGACCUGAAGCAGCUGAAGCAACGGGCGGCCGCCAUACCCCCAAUUCAGGUCAGCAAAGUCCAUGAGUCCCCCCGGGAGGACACAGCUCCACCUGCCCCACUGCCACCGCAGCCCCUGCAGCCAGAGAACGACACCCCCCAGCAGCCCAGCAGCAGCCCUCGAGGCAAAAGCAGGAGCCCCGUGCCUCCCGCCGACAAGGAGGCAGAGAAGCCUGUGUUCUUCCCAGCCUUUGCAGCCGAGGGCCAGAGGCUGCCCACGGAGCCUCCGUGCUGGACAUCAGGCCUGCCCUUCCCUGUGCCCCCUCGUGAGGUGAUCAAGGCCUCCCCGCACGCCCCUGACCCCUCGGCCUUCUCCUACGCCCCACCUGGUCACCCACUUCCUCUGGGCCUCCACGACAGUGUCCGGCCUGUGCUACCACGCCCACCCACCAUCUCCAACCCGCCGCCCCUCAUCUCCUCCACUAAGCACCCCAGCGUCCUCGAGAGGCAAAUGAGUACUAUCUCCCAGGGAAUGUCGGUGCAGCUCCACGUCCCGUACUCCGAGCACGCCAAGGCCCCUGUGGGCCCUAUCACCAUGGGGCUGCCCCUCGCCAUGGACCCCAAGAAGCUGGCGCCCUUCAGCGGAGUGAAGCAGGAGCAGCUGUCCCCACGGGGCCAGGCUGGGCCACCGGAGAGCCUGGGAGUGCCCACAGCCCAGGAGACAUCUGUGCUGAGAGGGACGUCCCUGGGCUCGGUUCCAGGAGGAAGCAUCACCAAGGGCAUCCCCAGCACACGGGUGCCUUCCGAGAGCCCCAUCACCUACCGCGGCUCCAUCACCCACGGCACUCCGGCUGAUGUCCUCUACAAAGGCACCAUCACCAGGAUCAUCGGCGAGGACAGCCCCAGUCGCCUGGACCGCAGCCGGGAGGACAGCCUGCCCAAGGGCCACGUCAUCUACGAGGGCAAGAAGGGCCACGUCUUGUCCUAUGAGGGUGGCAUGUCGGUGCCCCAGUGCUCCAAGGAGGACAGCAGGAGCAGCUCUGGACCUCCCCACGAGACGGCCGCCCCCAAGCGCACCUAUGAUAUGAUGGAGGGCCGCGUGAGCAGGGCCAUCUCCUCGGCCAGCAUUGAAGGUCUCAUGGGCCGCGCCAUCCCGCCUGAGCGACACAGCCCCCACCAUCUCAAAGAGCAGCACCAUAUCCGAGGCUCCAUCACACAAGGGAUUCCACGGUCCUACGUGGAGGCCCAGGAAGACUACCUCCGCCGGGAGGCCAAGCUCCUGAAACGCGAGGGCACGCCGCCACCGCCCCCGCCGCCCCCGCGGGACCUGGCCGAGGCCUACAAGGCCCGACCCCUGGAGGCCCUGGGGCCCCUGAAGCUGAAGCCGGCCCACGAGGGGCUGGUGGCCACGGUGAAGGAGGCCGGCCGCUCCAUCCAUGAGAUUCCGCGAGAGGAGUUGCGACGCACGCCCGAGCUGCCCCUGGCCCCACGGCCGCUCAAGGAGGGCUCCAUCACGCAGGGCACCCCGCUCAAGUAUGACACUGGCACAUCCUCUGCCGGCUCCAAAAAGCAUGACGUGCGCUCCAUCAUCGGCAGCCCCGGCCGCACGUUCCCGCCCGUGCACCCGCUGGACGUGAUGGCCGACGCCCGGGCACUGGAGCGUGCCUGCUACGAGGAGAGCCUGAAGAGCCGGCCGGGGGCAGCCGGCAGUUCGGGGGGCUCCAUCACCCGGGGGGCCCCAGUCAUUGUGCCCGAGCUGGGCAAGCCGCGCCAGAGCCCCCUGACCUACGAGGAACACGCGGCACCCUUCGCCGGCCACCUCCCACGCGGCUCGCCGGUGACCACGCGGGAACCCACCCCGCGCCUGCAGGAGGGCAGCCUCUCGUCUAGCAAGGCAUCCCAGGACCGAAAGCUGACGUCGACGCCCCGGGAGAUUGCCAAGUCCCCUCACAGCGCUGUGCCUGAGCACCACCCUCACCCCAUCUCGCCCUACGAGCACCUGCUUCGGGGCGUGAGUGGUGUGGACCUGUACCGCGGCCACAUCCCACUGGCCUUCGAUCCUGCCUCCAUACCCCGCGGAAUCCCUCUUGAUGCAGCCGCUGCCUAUUACCUGCCCCGACACCUGGCUCCCAACCCCACCUACCCACACCUGUACCCACCGUACCUCAUCCGUGGCUACCCUGACACGGCAGCGCUGGAGAACCGCCAGACAAUCAUCAACGAUUACAUCACCUCGCAGCAGAUGCACCACAACGCGGCCGCCGCCAUGGCCCAGCGAGCAGACAUGCUGAGGGGCCUGUCACCCCGCGAGUCCUCACUGGCACUCAACUACGCCACCGGCCCUCGAGGCAUCAUCGACCUGUCCCAAGUGCCACACCUUCCCGUGCUGGUGCCCCCAACACCAGGCACGCCCGCCACCGCCAUGGACCGCCUCGCCUACCUCCCCACAGCACCCCAGCACUUCAGCCGGCUCAGCAGCUCCCCGCUCUCCCCAGGACUUUUGGUUGCCAGGGGGCCCACUCACUUGACAAAACCCUCCGCCACUUCCGCAUCCGAGCGGGAGCGGGAGCGGGACCGGGACCGGGAGCGCGAGAAGUCCAUCCUCACGUCCACCACCACGGUGGAGCACGCGCCCAUCUGGAGACCCGGUACAGAGCAGAGCAGUGGCGGCGGCGGCGGAGGUGGGGGCGGGGGCGGGGGCGGCAGCGGCGGCCGCCCCGCCUCCCACUCCCACUCCCACCAGCACUCGCCCAUCUCACCCCGGAGCCAGGAUGCCAUCCAGCAGAGACCUAGCGUGCUGCACAACACGGGCAUGAAGGGCAUCAUCACCUCCGUGGAGCCCAGCACACCCACGGUCCUGAGGUCCACCUCCACCUCCUCGCCUGUCCGCCCGGCCGCCACAUUCCCACCCACCACCCACUGUCCGCUGGGCGGCACCCUCGACGGGGUCUACCCCACCCUCAUGGAGCCCGUCUUACUGCCCAAGGAGGCCCCGAGGGUCGCCCGGCCUGAGCGGCCCCGUGCAGACGCCAGCCACGCCUUCCUUGCCAAGCCCCCGGCCCGCACGGGGCUGGAGCCCGCCUCCUCUCCCAGCAAGGGCUCCGAGCCACGGCCCCUGGUGCCCCCCGGCUCCAGCCACACGGCCAUCGCCCGCACCCCAGCAAAGAGCCUCGCACCCCACCACACCAGCCCGGACCAGCCUGCGCCGCCCGCCUCGGCCGCGGACCUGCACCGGGAAAAGACUCAAAGUAAACCCUUUUCCAUCCAGGAACUGGAGCUCCGUUCUCUGGGUUACCACGGUGGCAGCUACAGCCCUGAUGGGGUGGAGCCCGUCAGCCCCGUGAGCUCGCCCAGCCUGACCCACGACAAGGGGCUCCCCAAGCACCUUGAGGAGCUGGACAAAAGCCACCUGGAGGGGGACCUGCGGCACAAGCAGCCAGGCCCCGGCAAGCUGGGCGGAGAGGCUGCCCACCUCCCACACCUGCGGCCGCUGCCCGAGAGCCAGUCCUCGUCUAGCCCGCUGCUCCAGACCACCCCAGGGGUCAAAGGUCACCAGAGGGUGGUCACCCUGGCACAGCACAUCAGUGAGGUCAUCACGCAGGAUUACACUCGCCACCACCCACAGCAGCUCAGCGCGCCCCUCCCUGCCCCCCUCUACUCCUUCCCUGGAGCCAGCUGCCCCGUCCUGGACCUCCGCCGCCCACCCAGCGACCUCUACCUCCCGCCCCCGGACCACGGCGCCCCGGCUCGUGGCUCGCCCCACAGUGAAGGGGGCAAGAGGUCUCCAGAGCCAAGCAAGACGUCAGCCCUGGGCAGCAGUGAGGAUGCUAUCGAACCCGUGUCCCCACCGGAGGGCAUGGCAGAGCCCGGGCAUCCCCGAAGCGCCAUGUACCCACUGCUGUACCGGGACGGGGAGCAGGCAGAGCCCAGCAGGAUGGGCUCUAAGUCUCCAGGCAACACCAGUCAGCCACCGGCUUUCUUCAGCAAACUGACCGAGAGCAACUCCGCCAUGGUCAAAUCCAAGAAACAGGAGAUCAACAAAAAGCUGAACACCCACAACCGGAAUGAGCCAGAGUAUAAUAUCGGCCAGCCCGGGACGGAGAUCUUCAACAUGCCUGCCAUCACCGGAGCAGGCCUCAUGACCUGCAGAAGCCAGGCGGUGCAGGAGCAUGCCAGCACCAACAUGGGGCUGGAGGCCAUUAUUAGAAAGGCGCUCAUGGGUAAAUAUGAUCAGUGGGAGGAGCCCCCGCUCAGCGCCAAUGCUUUUAACCCUCUGAAUGCCAGUGCCAGCCUGCCCGCUGCUAUGCCCAUAACCGCUGCUGACGGAAGGAGCGAACACGCACUCACCUCGCCAGGUGGUGGCGGGAAGGCCAAAGUCUCUGGCAGACCCAGCAGCCGAAAAGCCAAGUCCCCGGCCCCAGGCCUGGCGUCUGGGGACCGGCCACCCUCGGUCUCCUCGGUGCACUCGGAGGGGGACUGCAACCGCCGGACCCCACUCACCAACCGCGUGUGGGAGGACCGGCCGUCGUCCGCAGGUUCCACACCAUUUCCCUACAACCCCCUGAUCAUGCGGCUGCAGGCGGGUGUCAUGGCCUCCCCACCCCCACCUGGCCUCCCCGCGGGCAGCGGGCCCCUUGCUGGCCCCCACCAUGCCUGGGACGAGGAGCCCAAGCCGCUGCUGUGCUCGCAGUAUGAGACGCUCUCCGACAGCGAGUGACUGUCAGAACGGGGUGGGGGGCGGCGCCGGGGCCCAGCAAGUGGCCAGAGCAGCCGGGCAAGGAGCGGGGCAGCCGCCGACUCCCCCCACUGAGGAAGGAGCCCCUGAGUCUGCCUGCGCGCCCAUCAGUCCGUCCGUCCAGAGCCGGCAUCCUUGCCUGUCUAAAGCCUUAACUACGACUCCCGCCCCGGGCUGGUCCUGUGCAGUGACCUUACUCAGGGGAUGUUUACCUGGUGCUCGGGGGGAGGGGCCGGGGAGGGGGCGCAGCGGCGUGUGGUGGCCACACGCACGCAGCCGGGGCGGCCAGGGACCCAAAGCAGGAUGACCACGCACCUCCCACGCCACUGCCUCCCCCCUUAACACAUUUGGAACCAAAGUCUAAACUGAGCUAGCAGCCCCCGCACCCUCCCUCCGUCCCCAUUCCGCUUCUCGCUCUGGACAGACGGACACGGACCCUGUCCAGCCCCCAGUGCUCUCGUCCCGGUCUCCACGGACUGCCCCGGUCAGCGAGACUGCGGGAGACCCAGUUGGGCCGGAUGGGCGGGCGAAAGGGCCAGGUGCGGUCUGGGGCGAGCGGACGCUCCACGGAACUGGACUGUUAGUCUCACACGGCGUUGCCGCAGCGGUGGGAAGGAAAGGCAGGUGUAAAUGAUGUAUUGGUUUACAGGGUAUAUUUUUGAUACCUUCAAUGAAUUAAUUCAGAUGUUUUACGCAAGGAAGGACUUUACCCAGUAUUAUUGCUGCUGUGCUUUCGAUCUCUGCUUCCCGUUCAAGAGGCGUGUGCAGGCCGCCAGCCAGUGACCCCAUCGUCCGCAGGACUGAGGGGGGCGGGGGGUGAGCGCCCCUGCACCCUCCCCCCCUUCCUUGGGCAGAAUGAAUUUGAUGGGUGUUCUGUGGCCGCCAUCCGCGCACGGCGGUGGCGUUCUGUCAUUUACACACGUUGUUCUCAUUAAAAAGCAAAUUAUACUCAAGUUACAAAGGCUUCUUCUCUCCCUUGGCCUGGGCAGCCAGGAGGGCGGGCGCGUGGGGCCUCGGGGGACAGCGGGAGUGUAACCCUGAAGGGGUAAGGAAACACCCCCCGCAGCGCACCAGACGCGUCCCCUUUGCAGGUGAGUAUUUCCGUCCACGGUAAGAAUGUCACCAUGAGGGGCUUGAACAGUCGCGCCCGUGCUGAGAGCAUCGGACAUUCAUACCUUGAGCAGACGGUAUCGAGUCUGCACACCUUGCGGGGGGGGGUUCCCGCCCUCACACCCACGGAGAGGGCACCGC